UGGAUGAAUGCAUGGCACGCCCUACUCAUCCAUCAGUUUCAGGACCCUGUUUCAGUGACGCGCCUCGCGGCGAAACGUUGCACUUGCGAAAGCGGUGACUAUUUAUUUGUUUUCCAACCCUUCACGACUGCGAGCAGAGCGGCAGAGCAACGGAGCAACUGCGAGUUUUCGGAGCACGAUUACAGUUGUGGGAGCCUCGUGGAAAACGGCUUGGCUUCUGUGAGACCGCGCCUGGCGGGUGUCUUGGAACUCGACUCCAUCCAACAGUUCGUAUGGAACCAAAUCAGUCUUCAGGUCACAGUGAUGGAGCCACAUUGUCGGGGGAGACCAGCUGCCCACUGAAAGUCACCGAGGACAUCUGGUUCGGAUGCUGUUCCUGCACCUAUGUCACCAGAGAUCAGCGUCUGAUUUUGUGCCACCUGGCUGCCCGUGGUGAUGAACAAUCCAAGUGCCACCAUCUUUCCGUGUCGGGCUCUAAGUCCCAAGUGCUCGGCAGCACUCAAAAACACAAGAGUGAAAAUCCAUUCAAGUGCAUGCUAUGUCCCAAAGAUUUUGCUCAAAAUUCUCAUCUGCAAAACCAUAAUCGAACUCACACUGGCGAAAAACCGUUUAAGUGCAAGCUUUGCCCCAAAGCCUUUACCAGAAAAAAAAUCUGAUCUACCACACUCGAGCACACACAGGUGAAAAGCCAUUUAAGUGCAAGCUUUGCCACAAAAAGUUUGCUUAAAAUUCCCAUCUGCAAAGCCAUAAUCGAAUACACACUGGUGAAAAGCCAUUUAAGUGCAAGCAGUGCCCCCAAGCCUUUGCUCGAAAUUUUGAUCUGCGAAGUCAUAAUCGCGCACACUGGUGAAAAGCCAUUUAAGUGCAAGCAGUGCCCCCGAGCCUUUGCUAGAAAUACCCAUCUAAGAAGCCAUAAUUAUUUGCACACUGGUGAAAGGCCAUUUAAGUGCAAGCUGUGCCCCCUGGCCUUUGCUGAAAAUUCCUCUCUGCAAAGCCAUAAUCGAACGCACACAGGUGAAAAGCCAUUUAAGUGCAAGCAGUGCCACCAAGCCUUUUCUCGUAAUACCAAUCUGAUCCGCCAUUAUCGAAAACAGUGCUUAAGGGGAAAUGAGGGUCUUUAACUUUUUUAUUGUAUUUCAUUUAUCGUGCUGAAAUGUAGAAUACUGCUGUAUUUCUCAGUGCUGAUUUCAAAUAUGAAUUUAGUUUUCAGAUAGCUUUGCUAGAUCCUCGGUUCUCAAUAAAUAUGUAAUUUUAAUUCGGCCCUCGUUAGGGUUGUUAGCGUAAAAUCCUUCAGAAUAUAUCAGAAAUUUGUAUUGAAUUGCAUUCACAGACAUGCUUUGUGUGGUGAUGCUAUUUUUGUUGCUCUGUAUGUUAUACAUAUGGUUCCACAUUUUCAAUUUCUAUUUUUUCAAAAUUCAACAUACUUUUUUUAAUGGUUAUUUUAAAAUUCGAAUUUCGUUUUUUUUUUCGGCAUAUAUUUAUGCCCACAAAAUUUUAUCAGCUUGGUACUCAUAUAAAAUGAGUACCAAUGGACACCAGAUCAGAUGAUACUUAUAGCUCUGAUAUUUGUGAUCACUCAAAGAAAAACGGCACAGAUACAUUGAAAAAGAAAGGGACACUUUA